AGAUUACGGAGAUGGAGGCGAAAAGGGGCAGAUGCUAGCGACUGGUGCUUGUUCCUUGUCCUUUCCAGGGUCAUAUUACUCCAAUGCUUCAGCCAGGCCAUAUCCUCCGCUCCAUGGGCUUUUCCAUUACAAUUGCACACACCAAAUUCUAUUUUCCUGAUCCAUCUGAUCACCCUGAUUUCGCCUUCCUACCCAUCUCUGAUGACCUGUCCCAUCGUGAUAUCUCCUCCAUGGACUUCAUAUCUAUGUUCUCGAGUCUUAACUCGAGCUGCAAAUCCCCCUUGUUGCCGUCAGUAACACAGAUCAUGGAAAAGCAGGUGCAUCAUGAUGUGCUUUUGUGCUUAAUUUAUGAUGAGUUCAUGUACUUUGCAGAAGCUGUGGCUCAUGAGCUCAAACUUCCAAGCAUCAUCUUGACAACAGGCAGCGCUGCUAACUUACUAAUCAGUCCUUUACACAAAAUUGCUUCAACUUCCACCAGCAGCUCAGCAAAAGAGGAUAGAAGGUGCAUAGAAUGGCUAGACAAGCAAACCCUUAACUCUGUUCUAUAUGUAAGCCUAGGAAGCAUAGCUUCCGUGACUAAUAAGGAUAUCAGGGAAAUGGCUGAAGACCUGGCCAACAGCAGGCAGCCUUUCUUGUGGGUGCUCAGACCAGGCUCAAUAUUACUUGAAGAUUUCAAUGAAAUUGUCAAAGAUAGAGGAUACAUAAUGAACUAGGCACCACAAAAGGAAGUAUUGACACAUGAAGCAGUAGGAGGCUUUUGGAGCCACUGUGGUUGGAACUCAACCCUGGUAAGCAUUGCCGGAGGCAUUCCAAUGAUAUGCCAACCAUAUUUUGGGGACCAAAAGGUGAAUGCACGGUAUGUGAGCCAUGUGUGGAGAGUUGGCUUGGAAAUUGAGAAUAGUAUAGGGAGUAAGGAAAUAGAAAAUUCCAUAAGAA